CACACGCUCCCGGAAGUGGGAGGUGUCCGCUCGAUUUGUGUGGCAGCCGCCGCGGGAACACGAGCCGGUAAUCUUUCCACGGAGAAAGGCGAAGCUUUCGGGCUUGGCGGAGUGAGAGUGAGCGAGCGUCGGCCUCCAGCAGCUGUCUUCUUACGUGAUACCGGCAUGGAGGAUGAGUGGAGCAAACAGCCUGGCAGCGAGGCCGUGACUCCCGCGCGACAGGAAUCGCCGCGGUCGGAGUCUGGGGAGGAGCCGCAGCAUCCGCAUCCCGAGAAAAAGCAACGAUGUAGAUUUGAUGGCCAAGAAACAAAAGAAUCUAAGUUCAUUACCUCCAAUUCAAGUGACUUCAGUGACCCAGUUUAUAAAGAGAUUGCUAUUACGAAUGGUUGCAUUAAUAGAAUGAGUAAGGAAGAACUCAGAGCUAAACUUUCAGAAUUCAAGCUUGAAACCAGAGGAGUAAAGGAUGUUCUAAAGAAGAGGCUGAAAAACUAUUAUAAGAAGCAGAAGCUGAUGUUGAAAGAGGGCAAUUGUGCUGAUAGUUACUAUGACUACAUUUGUAUUAUUGACUUUGAAGCCACUUGUGAAGAGGGUAACCCACCUGAGUUCGUACAUGAAAUAAUUGAAUUUCCUGUUGUUUUACUGAAUACUAAUACUUUGGAAAUAGAAGAUACGUUUCAGCAGUAUGUGAGACCAGAGGUGAACACACAACUUUCUGAUUUCUGCAUCAAUCUAACUGGAAUUACUCAGGAUCAGGUAGACAGAGCUGAUACCUUCCCUCAGGUACUGAAAAAAGUAAUUGACUGGAUGAAAUUAAAGGAAUUAGGAACAAAGUAUAAAUAUUGCAUAUUAACAGAUGGUUCAUGGGAUAUGAGUAAGUUCCUGAACAUUCAGUGUCAGCUAAGCAGGCUCAAAUAUCCUCCUUUUGCUAAAAAAUGGAUCAAUAUUCGAAAGUCGUAUGGAAACUUUUACAAGGUUCCUAGAAGCCAAACCAAACUGACAAUAAUGCUUGAAAAAUUAGGAAUGGGUUAUGAUGGGCGGCCUCACAGUGGACUUGAUGACUCUAAGAACAUUGCCCGAAUAGCAGUUCGAAUGCUUCAGGAUGGAUGUGAACUCCGGAUUAAUGAAAAAAUGCAUGCAGGACAGCUAAUGAGUGUGUCCUCCUCUUUACCAAUAGAGGGCGCUCCACCUCCACAAAUGCCGCAUUCUAGAAAAUAACAGCAUUUUUGCCCUUUUGCCCAGGGAUCAUUCACUCUAACUGGAGUUGCUACAGAGAGGGAGCAGAUGAAUACUUAUUAAAUUAGUCUUGCAGUGCAAAAUUUAAGCACCAUAAACAUUUAAAAUCUUAUUACAGGUAUAGAUACAUAUGUAUGAACAGAUUCUGUGGGAAGGGCAUAUUGAAUUAUUUGUCACCAGCACUUUUGAUAUGAGCAGUAUUUGUUACACAGUAACAGUUCCUGCCUAGAACUGAAUUUUAUAAUUUAAGGUGUCCAAGAUGUAUUCCUUUUGGUUUUAAAUGCAAAGGUUUAUUGGCUCUCCUUUUGAAUGUCAUCUUAUUGAUGUUACAAUAUAUGAUCUAUUUCUACAUUAAUAUGAUUCGAUCAAGUCAUUUCUUAAAAUGCAGAAAGAUUGGAAGGUAGAUCUUAUCUAGCCUUUGGGUUUUAAGAAUAUUAUAGUCCUUUUGAUUUUUGAAGUUUAUAUGUGAAAUUCAACUGUAUGUGGUAAAUUCCAUAAAGUACUUGGUACACAUAUCUGCCUGUGUUUUUUUUUCAAUUUAUAAUUGGAAAACAUGAUAGAGUAUAGGAUCUGAUUAAAAAAUUUAGUUGCUAAUGAGAUUAAAUCAGAAGAAAUUGCCAUUUAAAAGAACAUAAGGGCUGUAGCUCAAACUUUAUAAUACAUAGAUCAAUUAGUGGAGUUUUUGACUUGGCUUUUUGGUUCCCCUCCUCCUUGUGACAUAUCUGCCCUAAUUCUUUGAGAGACCAUGCUUUGAAGUAGACUUAAAAAUAAGGGUCACCACUUAAUUUCUCAUUUGUAUUUAACAUUAUUAGUAAGGUUAAUAAAGUCAAAUAAUACUUUCUACCAUA